CAAUGUUGCAACGGAAAAUAAUUUAACCUCUAAAAUUUACAAAAAUUUGAAUCAUCUUAAUUUGAAAAAUGACCGAUAAAUACGAAAAUUUACUGAAUUCAUGCGUAAAUGUUUUAAGAUCUUGUAAAAAAUUUAUAGAAACAAACAUUGAUGAUGAGGGGCAACAACAACAUCUAAAUAUCUUAAACGAUAUUGCUAAAAGUUAUUGCGAAGAGGACAUUGAACAUAAACGAUGCCAAGCAGCAAUCGACAAAACUAUCGAUUAUUUUUCAAUUAAUAGCGAUAAUGAUUUUACCAGACAAGUAGAAGAGGUUUACAAUGAUUUUUUGAACCAGGAAGAUGUCAACAACGACUACAAGCAACAUCCUAUUUGGAAGCGUAUAAACAGACCUAAGAAAUCAGAAGCAAAUGUAUCUGUUGAUGCUGAUUGUAGCUUACUUGUAUCACAGGUUUUUCAACCACCAAUAGAUCCUAUUACGAAGAAGGUUAUUGAGGAUCCAUACAGAAACCAAGUUUGUGGGCAUAUUUAUGACUAUAAGACUAUACUAAAUUAUAUGCAAACCACAAAACAUGCACACACACGGUGUCCUUAUAUCGGAUGCAAUAAUAAUAACAUACAAGUCUCUUUUCUGGAAAAAGACGACCAAUUGAAAGAUGACAUUGAAGAUUAUCUUGCAAACAAUAAUGCACAUUAGCUAACAAACUGACUUGUAUAUUGUUCAUAACUUUAUAGUUUUAAUUUUGAAAUAAAUGACCUCAUAAGAUGUU